AUCAGUAAACAUAUAUUUAAAAAAAACAAACAAGAGAGACACAUACUUCAACAGGGUGGCCCAGAGCCAGGCCAGGCAGAAACACAGAGGAUGAACCCAAAUUAUCUUUUUCUCCCACUCUCCACCCGCCUUGACGGUGAUUACCAGCUACUCACCCGAACCCCCACACUGGGUCCCGGCGCAGCUGUUUCCCAUCCCUUGGUCAGGAGGAAGCGAAGGAGAGGAGGUGGCCUUGGCAGGUACCUGACAAGCUGUGGAGCAGGAGGAGCCUGGGCCAUCAGCCUGUGCAUCUAACAAGGGCCCUGCAUGGCAGGCGUCUUCUGGGCAGAGAUGGAAACCUGCUCAUGCCAGUCCCUAAGCAGUGGGCACAGCGUGGGGAACAAUCAUGGGGCAGGAAUGGGGCCGUAGGCGGGGAGCAGACAUAGCCAGCUAAUAAGCACACCAGUGCCUUGCAGGGUCUGGACAAUGGGUGGGGAAGCAGGUUCCCAGCCGAGAUGUGGACGGGUGUCCAGGAAGCAGGGAUGCAGAGGGCUCACUCAGUGGUAUCGGGGCUGGAGCAGUGCAGAUGGGGCUGCCACGUUAGGUCAUCCUGACGUGUACCCAGAGGAGCAGGGGGGCUGGAGGAGGUGGCUGCGGUGGCGGAACGGGGAGACACCCUGCCCCCUCCCUCCCAGCCGUGGAGGCAGGACCGGCCACCUGAGGCCUCCAUCUGUGCCUGCAGAGCUCCUGCGUGUGACUAACCUCCGUGUGAACUUCUCCAAACUGCACACCCUGGGUGGCAGGCCCCCGGGGGGCCUCAGGGGACACCCCUUCUACUACUAUACCCCCUACGAGCUCAUGGUCGGAGGCAGCUGCCUGUGCCACGGCCAUGCCUCCGAGUGCAGGCCUGCGCCCGGGGCUCCCGCCUGCACGGAAGGCAUGGUGCAUGGCCUUUGUGUCUGCCGCCAUCACACAGCUGGCACCCACUGUGAGCGCUGCCAGGACCGGUACCAGGACCACCCCUGGCAUGCGGCAGCUGGGCACCCCCGUGCCUGCCGGGAAUGCCAGUGCCAUGGGCAUGCCCGCAGCUGCCACUUCGACAUGGCCCUGUACCUGGCAUCUGACAACGUGAGCGGGGGUGUGUGUGACGCGUGUCAACACAACACAGCCGGUGCCCACUGCGAGCUCUGCCAGCCCUUCUUCCACCGAGAGCCCCGGGCAGACCCCCGCUCCCUUCACUCCUGCAAACCCUGCGACUGUGACCCUGUGGGCGCCCUGGACGGCGGCUUGUGUGACACCCACACCGACGAGACCCGCCGCCUCCUCUCUGGGCAGUGUCGCUGCAAAGCCAGCGUCUGGGGCCGGCGCUGUGGCUCCUGCCGGCCUGGGCUCUAUGGCCUGAGCCUUCCCCGCCCGAGGGCCGCCAGCGAGCGUGACCUAAGCGUGGCCCACCCCCAUGUCCUCCAGCUCUGCCCGCCACUGCCCCCAUCCCCCGCCUGUGCCUCAGCCUGCAGGUGCGACCCCCGGGGCCGGGGCCCUGGCGCUCAGGCCUGCGACCCCUCCAGCGGGGCCUGCCGCUGCAAGCGCUUUGUCUCGGGACCGGACUGCAGCCGCUGUCUGGUGAGUCUCGGUUCAUCUGAUUGGCUCUUGGGCACAGAGCUUCUGGAAGCUGGCAAGCACAAGGCUAUCCUCAGGGUGACUGCCCUGAGCCAUGCCCAUGGCGGGGCCCUGCCGACCUGGUCACCAGGGUCAGCGCCACCUUGGUGAGCUGAGGCCGCGGAGCCCCGGGCAGGGGCAGGGAAACGGGAGGAAACACGAUGGAGUGAGUUACAAGUCGUGGCCCUGGGCGAAAGGGGAAGAGAGUUCGUCCCCUCCUGGCCUUCCCUCAGAUUGGCAAAUGCUUUAACUUUUAACCCUGGCUGUCUCCUCAUCCUUUCUUAUUGAUUUCAGAGAGGAAGGGAGGGAGGGAGAGAAGAGACAUUA